CGCUGCUCCCCUUUAUCCCGCCCUUUUUUCCCGCCCUUUUUUUGUGGUUUUAGGACCCCAAAAGUUUUAAUUAACGUUAAUUAACUCCCGUUUUCUCCCUCACAACACCGGGGACCUCUUCCCCUUGGCCGUUCUGCUCCCAUCUCAAAAACAAAACGUUAAAAAAGCAUUAAAAAGCAUUAAAAAACCAUUAAAAACGCACUAGUUUUGCCUCCCCUGAGGACGCACCGUAGAAGAUUUCGAAAAAACGCGGUGGCGCUGUUAUUUGGGAAAAGUUUUAGUGAAGUAUGCGUAGGUUCCAUAUUGGCUUUUAAUUUUGGACUCCAUUUUAAUUUCGGACAACGUCGCGCCUUCCAAUCCAUGGCGAAGGACCAAACGGCGGUCAAGACCUUCUUCGCCUGUUGGUCAGGACGAUCUCAAUGGGUUUCGUAGACUGUCCGAUUUGGCGCGUUUCCCUGGAGUAGGACGACAGUUUGGUGCAUCUUCCACGCGAGGGUUGCUCGGCAUACGCCUCGCCAUGGCGGGCGCCAUCGCGUCGCGGAUGAGCUUCAGCUCGCUGAAGAGGAAGCAGCCCAAAACCUUCACUGUCCGGAUCAUCACAAUGGACGCCGAGAUGGAGUUCAACUGUGAGGUGAAGUGGAAAGGGAAGGACCUCUUUGACCUGGUUUGCCGGACGCUGGGCCUCCGCGAAACCUGGUUCUUCGGACUCCAGUACAUGAUCAAGGACACGAUGGCCUGGCUCAAGAUGGACAAGAAGGUCCUGGACCACGACGUCCCGAAGGAGGAACCGGUCACUUUUCACUUCCUGGCCAAGUUUUACCCAGAGAACGCGGAAGAAGAGUUGGUCCAAGAGAUUACGCAACACUUGUUCUUCCUUCAGGUCAAGAAGCAGAUCUUGGAUGAGAAGAUCUAUUGUCCUCCAGAGGCGUCCGUCCUCCUCGCUUCCUACGCAGUGCAAGCCAAGUACGGCGAUUACGACCCUGGCGUCCACAAGCGCGGCUUCCUGGCGCAAGAGGAGCUCCUUCCGAAAAGGGUGAUCAACCUAUACCAGAUGACCCCCGAAAUGUGGGAAGAGAGGAUCACGGCGUGGUAUGGCCAACACCGAGGACGGGCCAGGGACGAAGCCGAGAUGGAGUACCUCAAGAUCGCACAGGACCUCGAGAUGUACGGCGUCAACUACUUCGCAAUUCGGAAUAAGAAGGGGACGGAGCUGCUGCUGGGAGUGGACGCAUUGGGCCUCCAUAUUUACGACCCUGAAAACAAGCUGACCCCCAAAAUCUCCUUCCCGUGGAACGAGAUCCGCAACGUCUCCUACAGUGACAAGGAGUUCACAAUAAAGCCUUUGGAUAAGAAGAUUGACGUCUUCAAGUUCAACUCCUCGAAGCUUCGGGUGAACAAACUGAUACUCCAGCUUUGCAUCGGGAACCAUGACCUUUUUAUGCGGAGGAGGAAAGCGGACUCUUUGGAAGUCCAGCAAAUGAAGGCUCAAGCCAGGGAAGAGAAGGCCAGGAAACAGAUGGAGCGCCAGCGUUUGGCGCGCGAGAAGCAGAUGCGUGAAGAGGCCGAGCGAACCAGAGACGAAUUGGAGAGGAGGCUGCUCCAGCUGAAAGAAGAGGCGACUAUGGCCAACGAAGCCUUGAUGCGGUCGGAAGAGACGGCAGACUUGUUGGCCGAAAAGGCACAGAUCACGGAGGAGGAGGCCAAGCUCCUGGCGCAGAAAGCCGCCGAAGCCGAGCAGGAGAUGCAGCGGAUCAAGGCCACCGCCAUCCGGACGGAAGAGGAGAAGCGCCUGAUGGAGCAGAAGGUUCUGGAAGCGGAGAUGCUAGCCCUGAAAAUGGCGGAAGAGUCUGAACGGAGGGCCAAGGAGGCUGACCAGCUGAAGCAGGACCUGCAGGAAGCACGCAACUCGGAGCGGAGAGCCAAGCAGAAGCUUCUGGAAAUCAACAGCAAGUCCUCCUACACACAGGCCAUGAAUUCAAGCGCGGCCGCUCUUUCUGCCGACAUGGCGGCCUACAACAGCCUCGGCAGCGGCGGCAGCGAAAGCCUCUCCUUCGACUUCAAGGAUACCGACAUGAAGAGGUUGUCCAUGGAGAUCGAGAAAGAGAAGGUGGAAUACAUGGAGAAGAGCAAAAACCUCCAGGAGCAGCUGAACGAGUUGAAGACGGAAAUCGAGGCACUGAAGCUUAAGGAGAGGGAGACCGCCAUGGACAUCAUGCACAGCGACAGCAAUGACCGCGGUGGCGCCACCAAGCACAGCACCAUCAAGAAGCUGACCUUGCAGACACCAAAUCCCGGGUGGCCUUUUUCGAGGAACGUAAGGACGCUGGGGCCCGAAAGAUGACCGCCUCGUUCCUAAGAACCCGACGACCGCAAUGUCACAUCCGGAAGAGCCGCGCUGCACGUCUCUUUGAGCAAUGGUGGUCCUCCUGUGCAAACGCAUUUUUCUCCCAUUGUACUGUACCUUUCUUCGGCUGACCUUUUAAUAUAUCUAU